AUGCAGGUGGUCCAGCACUCGGAGACGCUGCGAACAGCUUUGGUCUCCCGGGACCCGUGCUGGGCCUCAGAUGACCUCACCUGGAUCCUCCCUCAGCCCGAGACGACACAGGACUUCCAGAGUUUCUACAGGGACCUCCAUCACAAAAUCCCACUGCAGGCCACAGCACCAUUUACAUUCACGCACUGGAUGGGCGUGUUCAGCUUCGCCCGGUACCAUGACAACAUCCAUACCAGCAGAUACGCGGGGAGGUUGAAGGAGGGGCUCCGGUCAAGGUGGGGGACUAUUCCAUGUUUAAGGUUGUUAUAUUCCCCCAUCACCGGCCUGCUGCUCCUCCGUCCCUGUAAGACAGUGAGCCAUGAGAUGGACCAUGUGUUUGGACUCCGUCACUGCCAGUGGGUGAGCUGUUUGAUUCAGAGCUCCACCCGUGUAGAAGAGUCCAAUCGUAGACCCCCGGACGUCUGUCCCAUCUGUCUCCACAAGCUACGAUCUGCAGUGGGCUUCAGAAUGGCCGAUAGAUACAAGGCUUUACUGUGCUGGAUGGAGGAGAGUCUGAGAGGAUGGAGCGGUCCACAACAGUCCGGUUCCUCUCAGUCUGACCUGGCUCAGGCCUUCCACAAGAGGUCCAGAACAGACCGGUUCCUCUCAGUCUGACCUGACUCAGGCCUUCCACAAGCGGUCCACAACAGUCCGGUUCCUCUCAGUCUGACCUGGCUCAGUCUGACCUGGCUCAGGCCUUCCACACAUCCACACUGGCUCAAGUACAAGUUCAACUCAUUCUGGAUGAACGUUGAUUUAGAUGUGACAGCGAGAAGAUGCAUUGAUCCUCUGCAAAGCCACGACGUCCCCCGGUCCAUCACACCAGUCCAUGGAUGAAUGCGCCUAGGACUACUGCUGCCCAUAGGAACAGCAGGAUUUAUUAUCC